GGGAAAAAUCGCUUUUCCCCACUCCAACGUAGUGCGCUGAGGCCUAAAUCCAGCAAGCCUUUCAGUGUAUAUAUAUAUCUAGUGAAUAAAGGCUGUACCAACACUCCUUCUGCUACUGAGGAGCUGCAGCGGAGCCAAGCAGGGCUGGGAAAGAGAUCCCUCAUCUUGACUGAUGAUAUGAGCCAUACAAUGAUUAAUAAAAUGAUCACUGAAGAAUAUCCCAAAAUGGAUGGAGUGCAAGGUGGUCAAGAUGCAGCUGAAUUUCAAACCAUGCCAAAGGCUUCUUGCCAGGUGUGCAAGGAAAGUAUGCCUCUGCAUAUCCUAGCACUCCAUGUCAACAAUUGUGUGAAGUCUCAGUCAACAGAAGAGGAAGAUGAGACUGAUGUCCAGCUUCUGUCUGUCAUGAAUUCACCAAGCUUUUGUAGAGAGCCUCUUGACAUGAAGCAGGACAUGAAAGAAUGCCCAAUCUGUCUUUGCUGCUUUCCAGUGAAUGAGAUUGCCCAGCAUGCAAGCCUGUGUGGUGAAAGACCUGAGGACACUUCCACUCACAUGACAGACGUUUAUGUCAGUACUGACUCUGAGUGCAGUGUGCCAAGCGACAGAACAGAUCCUUUGACUGAUUUAGUCAGUGAAGCAGAUAUGCUACAAUGGCUUUCAAGUCAGGUGAUAUACCAGCAAAGACUUUAGGAUUUGCAUCACUCGGAAUGAUCUUGUUCAAAGAGGCUUCAUUCAGUGGCAACGAC